AUGACCACCAGGAGGGUUCUGGUUACCGGUUGCUCCUCUGGUAUUGGCUUGGCUGUCGCUGUUCGGCUGGCCAAAGAUGAGUUGAAACGGUUCAAAGUGGUCGCCACAAUAAGGGAUCUUAGCAAACGGGGGCCUUUGGAGAAAGCAGCUGGUCACACAUUAAACAAAACCCUAGAGAUCAAAGAGUUGGAUGCCUGCUGUGAAGCCUCCAUCAGAGCAUGUGUGAGCAGCCUGCCCAACAGACAAGUGGAUGUCCUCGUGAGCAAUGCAGGUGUUGGUAUGAUCGGGCCUGUGGAGUGCCAGAGUAUCACUGACAUGAAGAAGGUCUUUGACACCACCUUCUUUGGCCUGGCCAGGCUGGGGAAAGAGGUGCUGCCAGAAAUGAAGGAGCGGCAGAGAGGCCAUAUUGUGGUGAUGAGCAGCGUCAAGGGACUACAGUGACUCCUCUUCAACGAUGUCUGCGCCACCUCCAAAUUUGCAGUGGAAGGAUUUUGUGAAAGUCUGGCAGUGCAAGCAAUGAAGUUUAACACCAAGAUUACUCUGGUGGAGCCCAGACCAGUGAUUACACAAUUAGAAAAAAAAUGGUAAAAAGAAGCAGAAAAUAUGGCUGCCAGGAUCUUCCGUGAAAUUUACCUGCCUUACUCUCACAAGAUCUUUACGACAUUAGGCCAGACACCUGAAGAAGUAGCUGAGCAAACUGUUAAAGUGAUCACAGCGAAGGACCCUCCUCUGCACCACCAGGCCAACCGUCUCUACAUGCCCAUGACUGCUCUUAAACACGCAGAUCCAAGCGACAGGCUGCCUCUGGACACGUUCUAGAUGGUGUUUAAACACGGCAUGAUGUUCAAUGCCACUCUUCGUGUUCUGCGCUUGCUGCAGAGAGGAGGGAAGAAAUGAAGAGCUAAUAUGCAAAAACAAAAUAAAAAAAAGACAUUUUAAAUGAUUUUCUUCAGGAAACAUCAGUCAAAGCAACGUUUUGGGAUGUGGCUGGAAAUUAUUUUGAUUGACAGCUAUGGGUCUUUCUUCCUUCAAGACAUUUUAGUAAAAUCAGUAAUAGAAAUUUCCUCAGUUUAUAUUUGGCUCUGUAAUUGCCCUUUACUUAUUUUAUGUAGAUAUGCACUGACUAUUUAUUACAUUUAUUAAUUGUUUUUAUUUUUUUAGCUUAAACUUCGUUUGAUCGUAAAAAAGCUCAAGACGUUUUGUUCUUAAAUUUCAGAAAACAAGCAGGUGCUGAGUCUUCCACCAGAAAACUGUCAAAUGUGUGGUUCUGCUUUAGAUUUUAUGUUAUUGUUUUGAUGAAGAAACAUGUUCAUGCAGAUUCUGUAGCUAGUUCCUCAAAUAUGACUCAUUAUUUUAGGUUGAAAAUAUCAAAGUAAAAAUGGUAGACAGUUACAUUUACCCGGUAUGUGCAAGUUGAUUUUAGUGACUAGAACAAGCUGAAUGUGUCUAAACACAAAGACCUGUGUUUGAAUAUUUGACUCAAAUAUUCUCUGAUUUUUUACUCACAUAAACCAAAUGACAUCAAAGGGAUACGAUGCAAUGUUUUCAUAUUUUAAAUCAUGUUCUUGAGCCAGUACGUGCUAAAACGACCCUUUACAGGGUUGAUGAAAGGCCACCCAGCCCCAUCAUCCUCUUUGGCCAGAAUAUUCCACUGGUGGGCCACUCUGUUGGGACUACCAGCAUGUUUCCUGCAUGUUUUAGACAUGAACACAGCUGAUUCUAGCGAUGAAUCACUCCUGUAGACACUAAUGAAGGCUGGGAGACACUUCAGCUGUUAGAUUAAGGUGUUAAAAAGACAAACACACAGCAAGGAGAUAAGUUUUGCUUUCGGUUCUACAAACUGAUACUAGAGAGUGCUAAAAGCAAGC